GUCAAGGGAAAUGUCAAGUUGAUUUCCGGUCUUUUCCAACAUCUCGACGUAAUCAUGGCGGUCGGUAAAAGUAAAGCAAUUUCAAAAGGUGGCAAAAAGGGAUCGAAGAAGAAGGUUAUUGAUCCUUUUUCGCGCAAAGAUUGGUACGAUGUGAAGGCUCCCAAUAUGUUUGCUACGCGGAACAUCGGGAAAACCCUUGUAAACCGCACACAGGGCACUCGUAUUGCCUCCGAGGGCCUCAAGAACCGCGUGUUCGAAGUGUCUUUGGCUGAUUUGCAGAACGACAAUGAUGCCGAACGCUCUUACCGCAAGUUCAGGCUGAUCGCCGAGGAGGUUCAGGGUAACAAUGUCCUCACCAAUUUCCACGGAAUGGACCUCACAACAGACAAACUGAGAUCCAUGGUUAAGAAGUGGCAAACACUGAUUGAGGCCAAUAUUGAUGUUAGAACAACUGAUGGAUAUGUCCUCCGUGUGUUCUGCAUUGGCUUCACAUCCAAGGAUUCCCUGUCGCAGCGCAAAACAUGCUAUGCCCAGCAUUCUCAAGUGAAAGCCAUUAGGAAGAAGAUGUGUGACAUUAUCACACGCGAUGUGGCUAGCUGUGACCUCAAGGAGGUGGUCAACAAACUACUCCCGGACUCCAUCGCCAAGGACAUCGAGAAGUCCUGCCAGGGCAUCUAUCCGCUCCACGAUGUCUACAUUCGCAAGGUGAAGGUGCUGAAGAAGACACGCUUCGAUCUCUCGAAGUUGCUGGAACUCCAUGGAGAUGGAGGUGGCAAGGGGACUGAGGGAGCCGUAGCUGAGGGCUCCAAGGUCGACAGGCCCGAAGGAUAUGAGCCACCAGUUCAGGCUUCUGUCUAAACUGAAACACAGCAAAUUGUGUUGAAUUUGGGGCGAAAUAAAAAAAAAAGGCUUGAGACAGAUA